CUCCCUAAGGCGAAUCACUUGGCUAGCAAGCCCUUCACAACGUAUUCUCUUUGAUUUUUAUAUGACUGGCACACCUUUGACCAAAACUGAGAGAUGUAAACUAUAGUUAAGUGGCUUAUGAUUUAGAAGACUGCUCGCACUACCUGUUAGGCAAAAUGAUUAUUACAUAGACUUUAAGGAGCAUCCACUACAUAAAUCUAUUAUUCAUUAGCUUAUAAGCUAUCACCUUCAAAUGGUAACCCUUGCUGAGUAAUUAACGGGGAUAAUUACUCCGAAGUCAAGAUUACUAUCAUAACAGUGGCAUAGCACUUGUAAUUUCUCUUCACAGUUUUCUCGACAGAAAAGGGAAAUGUGUUCAUUCAGAUCUAUGAAACUGAGGUUGGAUGAUAAAACGGAGUAAUUGAAUACCAGUUGUAUGUAGACGAAGAAUGAACGAAUAGCGGCAUAUACGAUUAGAACAUUGUAGCGGUUGGUUUGACCCUGAUGAUUUGGUUGGAGGAUGGGACUAACUUUAACAUUUCAGCAUAGUAAUCCAAGUCCAAAAAAGUCUGAAGAUAUUACCAAUAAUCCUCAGUGGCCUUCUAAAUUUGUUGACUUACACCAUUUACCAGCUGAACUUGCACUCAAUGUGUUGUCCAGACUAAAUGCCACUGAUUUAUAUUUAGCUUCUUGUGUGUGGUAUGAUUUGGCCUAUGACGAGGUUUUGUGGAGAAGUUUGUGUAAGGCGUCAUGGCCGUUCUGCUCAGCUUAUAAUAAUGGAGUGUUGCAAUCCGAACCAUCAUUUCGUCGGCUGUAUCUGAAAUUAGAUGAAGCACGUCUAACUUUCAAUGCGGAUGCGUUUGAAGGUAUGGCAUACAUGUUCAAACACCGGUUGGUUGAUGAUAAUAUUGAUGACCUUGUGAACUUUUUUCACUCUGCAGUUGGUCUAGACCCAUUUCAGAAAAGAAGAUUUUUGGAGACUAGGCCACAGGUUUUGAGGGGAUUGAUGAACUUGAAGGACUUCCGGAAUCAUUCUCUCCCAAAUGCUUUGCGACGUCUUUUUGCUGAAUUGCCGGCUCCACCAUCAGGACCAGGUGCAUCUCCGUUUAUUCACCUUCUGGUCAGUAUGUUUUCUGAAAGGUUUACUCAGUGUAACCCGGACCUUGGCAUUACACGGGAUGAGGUCUAUCUACUGUGCUUUUCAAUGAUCAUGUUAUCAGUUGAUCUUUGGAGUCCAUCAAUAAAAAACAAAAUGUCUAAACGUGAAUUUAUUCGUAAUACAAGACAAGUAGUCACUACUGUAUCAGAUGAAUUCCUCGGUAAUCUAUAUGAUAAUGUAUACAUUGUUGGUCAUGUUGUACUAAUCGACUGUUCUGGACCUCCUUUCCGUCAUCUUGAAGCCAAAGCAAUCCUUAUUAAGAAUCAACCUUUGCCAUUAUUAGCCUUUUGACAAAGUAAUCAUUUACCGUUUUUAACUUAACUGUGAUUUAUUUUCAUAAUCUCAUGUAAUUUUUUAAAUUUCUCAUUACACUUUUAUCCAGAAAAAUGAAGCCUUUUCAAUUAGUUAUUUGUAUAAUAAUUUGUGUGAAUAAUAUUCCAUUUUAGUGAA